ACAGUGCUCUGUCAGCGAUACAAUGCGCUUCUAUCUCUGCUGGAUUUUAUGACAAGUCACAGUGGAAUAAGAGGAAACCAUGCCAAAACUACAAUAAAAGGCGACCGAAGGCCCUUCGUUUGUUCCCCGGGACCUGUUUGACCGUCAUCGACAAUGCUUUACUUUCAGCUGGUGAUCAUGGCAGGGACUGUCAUGCUGGCUUACUACUUUGAGUACACCGAUACUUUCAACGUGCACGUCCAGGGAUUUUUCUGUCAUGAUAAUGCCUAUACGAAGCCCUAUCUGGGACCAGAGGAGUCCAGUGCGAUCCCGCCGGCUAUCCUGUACGCGGUGGUCGCAGGGGUCCCGGCACUUGUGAUUACAGUGACAGAGUCCGUGCUCUUCUUGCUGCAGUAUGUCUCUGAGGAUCUAGACAACCGAGAGAAGAUCAUUGUGAUGGGCGACUGUUGUUACCUCAACCCUCUGGUCCGAAGGACAUUUCGCUUUCUUGGUGUGUAUGCAUUUGGCCUGUUUGCCACAGACAUAUUUGUAAAAGCCGGGCAGGUGGUGACAGGAAAUCUUUCCCCAUACUUCCUGACGGUGUGCAAACCCAACUACACAGCACUGGGGUGCCAACAGGUGGUGCGUUUCAUCAACCAACAGGACGCCUGCACUGGCAAUGAAGAUGAUAUCUUACACGCUCGCAAAUCCUUCCCAUCCAAAGAGGCGGCCAUCAGCGUUUAUGCAGCUCUUUAUGUUGCAAUGUACAUCACUUGCUCAGUGAAGGCCAAAGGGACACGGCUGGCCAAGCCGGUGCUCUCUCUGGGGCUCAUGUGUCUGGCCUUCCUAACUGGGAUUAAUCGAGUGGUGGAGUAUCGAAACCACUGGGCUGAUGUCAUCGCUGGCUUCAUCAUCGGAGGAGCCAUUGCUAUUUUUAUGGUGGUGUGUGUGGUGAAGAAUUUCAAAGGGAAGCCCUUACUGAGUGAGAUCCCACCAGAGGAGAGUGUAUCCAGUGGUCCCAUGAUCACUCAACCCAGAUUGGACCACACUAUGGAAAAAUACAUAGCCUCCCAGAAUCCAAUCACCUAUGCUGAGAUCACAUGACAGUGAAAAGCCUGCAAGCCAGAAUGCUGUGGAAAAUGUUGCUGCUCUCCGAUGCGACUUCUUACUUUGAGUGCAACGUUGAUAUGUGCUAUAUUUGACACUUCUAUUUUCAAAUGUGUGUAAAACGUGUCAAUACCUUGUUGUCCUUCUUGUAACUUUCUUUUUUAUAUAUACGGGAAGUAGUUACAGUAGGAUUGCAUCCCCAUUUUUAUACAAACAUAUCAUUUGUAGGAUUUUUGUGCUUGAAAAUACAGGGUAUGGAGUGACUGCAACAUGACGUCCAACCAAAAUGUGUUUUAUAUAUGCUUAUGUUUUAUUUUACUGUAAAACUGUGACUCUAUUUUUGAAAUAUCAUUAUUGAUCUUUUUUCUUUGAGGUGUUGUUUAAUAGUAAUGCUUUUUUGACACUUUCCUUUCACUCACAGUACAUAUACAGUAGACUUGCAUCAGAUUCUAUUCUCUGCAUUUUAAAGCACGUUUAGGAUUUGAGUAUUGUGAAGAUAGGUUUUAUUCUAGAGAGCGUCUGAUUGGUUAAAAGGAAGUGUGGUGCAGGAUGAGUCAUCAGUUUUUAUUUUCAGCUUUUAUGGACUAUAAUCUAAUAAAAACAGUCCAAAUAGACUAAAGUGGUGUUAAAAGUGGGCUUAAGCUGAAAUCAUGAUUGUUUUUGCUGUCAUUAUGGCGGAGAGCUCCUUGAGCAGAACUGAUGGAUUUAAUUGUGACUGGCAAUUGAUUACAGGACUCGAAAAAUUAGACACUCAAGCUUUUGCCCAAAGAGGCUGCUAGGGUGUGUAUGAAGGUGUGCGUUUGUCUCUCUCUCUUUCUGUGUGUGUUUAUGUUUGUAUUUAUUUGUGAGUCUACCCUUAAUGUUGCCAUUUUGAGAAUCCAGUCUCUAGUGGCUUGGAGAAGGACUCUUCUCUCUGUUUUUUUUUUUUUUUUUGGCAAACAUUAAACUGGAAUAAUACUUUUACCUUUUUAAAAACGUUUACCUGUCAAAAAGAUGGAAAUAUGGACCAUAGUUUUUUCAUGAUGAUUUAUAUCAAAGGUUGCAUUUGUGAUUUCAGUCAUAUGUAUUUUUAUUAUAUCCCAAAGCUGGUUAGCAUCAAAGGUCUGCAGUGCUUGGUUGAAUUUACAUUCUGCAGAUUGAUCUUGAACACGAUUCUGACUGAGCAUAUGUUUGAUCUCUCACUGCCCAGUGAUGAGGUUUGAUUUUCAAAUUUAUGCCUUGAAUACAUUAAAAAUAAUGUCUCCUAA